GUGCGCGCCCCCGCGGGCAUGCCGCCCCGGGCGCUCCCCGUCCGCGCGCCCCCGGCCCGCGGCCCCUCCCGCCUGCCCGUGCGGGGCAGGGGGCACCGCUCCGCAGAGACCCAUCAGCUUUCUGCUUCGCCCUCUGGGGCCUGCGCGCCCGAGGGGCGCGGACAGGCGCAAGCCCCGGCCCUAGCCCGCCCUCGCCGCCCUGGCACCGAGGCAGCUGCCGAAGCGUGCUCGGCGGCUGCGCUCCGAGGCGCCGGCUGCCAUGAUUGCGGGCAGCAGGGCGCGCGCGCGCACGCUCGGGCCCGGCUAGGGGAUCCCGGGCGGACCGACGGUCCCUGGCCUGACCGCAGCCCCGUGCGCGCCGCGGACAGCAGCCACAGUCGCCGGGCUCGUCCCUGCGAGGCCGCUGUGCGCCAUGGAUCUCCAGACGAGGUCCCAGGACAGAGGUCGGGGUCGACGGUGGCAGCAGGCUUCCCCGGGGCAGGGCGCGCACCAGGGGCGACCUCCCGGCGGCUUCCCGGACACCGCCGGCCCUGUGGAGGAGACAACUUCCUGCUCCCCUGGCCCAGGGCGCAAGACCUGCGGGAAGAAGUUCUAGGCCGCAGCUUUGCUCUUUCGGAGCCGGACGACUACGCUGUUGCCCCCUGGCAGCGCGGUUCCUCCCCGCGCCCUUCCCCGGGGCCGCGACCGGCUGGACUCCAGGGUCCCGACACUGGUUAGAAUGCCAAGGAGGCUGAAGCAGCUUUUCCUGCAGCCUCCGCAGGGGCGCCUGAGUGGUUUCCCCGCAGAGGGGCCGGCCUGGGCCUCUGGUGCUGGGGGACGCCAACACGAGGUCACUGCGCUCGGACCCCCUCCCCCAGCUUGGGCAUGCCCUCGCCCAGAGUCAGAUGGACCUGGCUGUCCCCAGACGCCUGCGACGGGGGCCCAAUUGAAACGAGGCCUCCUGGGCCCCAUCCCAACGUUUCUGUGCCUGUCUCCCCCCCAGCCCCCCACCCCCCAAGCCGGCCUUGGCAUUCUAACCAAUGUCCCUUGACGUCACAUCUCGCCAUUUCCGUCAACCAAUUGAAACUUCCCCGUUGUCAUAAAAAUAUAUAUACUUUUUAUGCCA